AUGGCCGACCCGCAGCCCGUGAAGGUGCCGCCGACGUUCAAGACGCUGCUGCCGUUCAUCCGGCGCGCCGAGGAGCUAGACCGCGACACGUCGCGCCCGGAGUCCAAGCUGAUCGCCUACUUCUGCCGCCAGUAUGCCAUGGAGCUGGGCAUCAAGCUGCGCGAGAACGAUGCGUCCAACGAGGCGACGGACUACCUCCUGUCGCUCAUGGACCGCCUCGAGGACGAGAAGAACAAGCUGCCGGACUUUACGCAGGAGGAAGGGAAGGAAAUCUGCGAGGAUUUCGCCAUGGAGAUUUUCACCAAGGCGGACGAUGAGGAUCGCGCAGGGAUGGCGAAUAAAAGUACAGCUCGCACGUUCUACGCUGCUGGCACGUUUUUCGACAUCCUGAACCAGUUUGGAGACGUAUCGGAGGAUGUAGUGGAGAAGCGGCGUUACUGCAAGUACAAGGCGGCAACGAUUCUGAAGGCGAUCAAGGAAGGAAAAGUCCCGACUCCGGGACCUCCGGAGGGCUUGGAUCUUAAAAGCGUAAGCACUACGCGUCUCCAGCCACCCCAAACAUCGGAACCUGCGUUCAAGCAGGAACCUUUUCCUUCGCUUACUGAGUCAGCGAGGUCUGCUGGUGUGAUGAGCGCUAGUGAGCUUGACAGUACUUGGCAUGGACCGCCUACGACUCAGUCUCCACCGCCGUCUGCCCCGAGUCAUUCGGCUCCUGCUGCACCGGCCUACUCCGCUCCUAAAGCGCCGCCUGCACCGACACCAGAGUAUCAACCUCCAUCUGCCCCUGCGCCAGCGUACCAAACUCCCUCUGCGCCAGCGCCUCCCUCAUACCAGCCUCCCCCCGCCCCGACACCGUCUUAUCAGCCGCCACCCAGUUACACGCCGCAGAGCAUGCCGUCUCGCCCACGAAACACUCCGAUCUCACAAAACGAAAUCAACGACGCGAUCGAAUACGCAAAAUUCGCUGUCGCUGCGCUGAAGGUGAAAGACAUGAAGUUGGCAGAAGAGCGUUUAGAAAUGGCGUUGCGCAAUAUUAGAGGAUCGUAG